AUGAGCAGCGACAAUAAAGGCAAGACAAGUGGCCCAUCUCAUGUGCGACCUGUCAUAUCAUCUGGCGGCUUUGGCAGUCUGCAUGAAGAAGGGGCUGCCAUGGGGGAAGAUGGCAGCACGCCACAGAUAACCGACUGUGAUGAUUUUGUUGGUGCACUUGCAGUCUUUGAGCGUGAGGUCCGUGGGUUGGCAGAGAAGUUGGCCGACGAGCGCCAAUUGCGGGAUAAUGAGGCGUCGUCUGUGCUUCAGACUGCGCGUGACGCUUUGGUAUUAGAGAGGGAUGGGGAGCAGAGAAGCUUCAGUACAAUGGCCGAAUUGGGAGGACGGAUAGCAACGAGGGCAACCACACGUAGUCCUCUGUCUGCUGUCGCAAGGAAAAGUGUUCGUCCACCUUUUCCAGCCCCGUCGGUCAGGGCGCCUUCGGUGAAGAAGGGUGCUGGAGACAAGAAGACGGCGACAAAUCCGUUGCACGACGCGUCUUGCGUGCGGACUGUGGCGCUCGAUGUGUGGGCCACCCUUGGAUUUUUUUCGCUGCCCCCACUUGGGGCCGAUCAGCCGGUGGAAUGGGCGGGAGGCCACGCGUGGAGAUCGUUGGGCAGCGAAAUGUCAGACUUCUCAGCCCCACCAGUGGAGCGAAGUGACGGGGAGGAGGAGGACGAGGAGGAGGAGAGCAUCUUUGGCUUUGUCGAGGCCCUUGUAAGAUACUACCAGCGGGAAAUGGUAGCCAUGGGUGCUGUGUCGGGGAACGCAGAGGAGCCGCUGAGCGACGAAAUGCUUUGCAAUGGUCUCUGGCAAGUGGUCUUUAAUGCAUUGUUCUACUGCGUCACAGUUUCGAGUUCUGACCUCACACACACCUCGAGAGAUUUGGAGUGUCUUUCUGGUGGUGUGGAGGACCGCUACGACGAUGUGUACACAUCCUUCUCCUCAUCAUUAUCUCCAGGGAAAGAAGAGGGCAGAGGUGGGAAGACGGGGGAAGGAGAAAACACAGGCCGCAGAUGUCUCCCCACAAAACUUCAUUGGAGCACGCGAGCGGCAUCGAAAGGAAUGAACAGGAAUCGGCCUCAGGAACAACACGAACGAUCGGGCUGUGGUUCCCAAGGUCGUUUAGUCCAUGCUGCUCCAAGAGGCUCCCGCCGCCACGCCGAGUUGGACGAGGUGGUGGAAGAAGGAAUACACGCAUCGUUUUUAUCUUCAAGACGUGGUGAGUUGGUUGAUGGACGCCGACGCCGCUCGACUCCAUUUCGCGAGCGACUUGCGGUGCCUCCUACGAUCAAAUUGUGGUACUUUGUGGUUAGCACAUUUGCCCGACUAGGGUAUAGACGAGACGCAUUCUACGUGCAGACCCCUCUUCGUGGCUCUAUUCAUGAGUUGUUGCUAUCGCUUCUCUGGCUCACGAAGGAAUAUCGACUUGUGGCGGUGGCCGAAUAUGUGCAGCUCCAGAGUAUGUACGGGUUUUUGCUUCAACAGGGUCCCGUCAUUCAUGAAGGCAGCAGCCACCCCAAUGUGCAUCACUGUAAUCCAAACGAUGAUGGUUUCGACCCAGGGGUGGAGAAAGGGUAUGUUUCCUUUGCACAACCGCAAGACCCUGAGGGAGAAUCGCUGCUGCGUUGUUUCCCCGCGGCAGUUCCGUGGCCGCCCGCGUCGUUUGUAGAGAAGGAGCACAUUGCGCACCGUUUGGAGCAAAUACGGCAGAUUCUUCCCACCCUGUUGGAUGAAAAGGACGCGCCUGUGAUGCGCUUGCCUGAUCUCACGCGCCGUCUACUCUCCAUGCGGCAUCUUAUUUCGCUUUCUAUGAAUCGGCUCGAGUGUGCCCUGCAUCAGCGGACGGAACAAACCGUCUCUUUGGGAUUGCACUCCGUCCUUGAUGCUCAGCUGUGUCACCCUACGCACCAUGGCGUCUACCGUCAGUUGUGCGCUGGCUUGCAGCAUUUACUUGGAAUCGAAGCACGCGUGCGAGAAACCACACAACAGCUUUCCCGCUUAGGUUCCUUGGUGGCAAGAGCCGUGAGACUGGAGGAGACGUCCUCGCGGCAGCAGCGAAUUCAUGCGGCGGCUUUAAAGGCACUCGAGGAAGACGAGAUGACAUGGUGGCAACCACCACAAGACGGAGAAGGGGAGGGUGAUGCCUGUGCUCGGGGGAAUUUGAACGAGGUCUUCAUUCGUUUUCGUGCGACCGGGGUGCGAGAGCAUCUUACCGAUCUGUGGGCCUCGUUGCGUCGCCGGGCUCAAGUAGGAGGGGGAAGAAGGGGCGGCCUUAAUGGAACAAACGAACACAUCACAGAAAGCGCUGCGAUGCAGGCGCAACUGGAGGAGAAGGUGCGACAAAAUAUGGAGACCCGCUACGCGUUGCAUGCUGCACUGAAGGCGGAAUCGCUGAAGUGGCAACUCUCCAAUGCACAAAAGGAAAAGGACGUUGAUGAUGAGAGAGGCGGAGAUGACGAGAGCGAUGAAAACCGUUUUGGUUUAACAAAUGGUGAGGAAAGAGAAAAGAUUCUGCAUGCACCGCGGGGGUUGGAUAGCGGAAGUGGCGGCGCACAUUUGAAAAAGAAACAUAUGAAAGUGAGGACAUCGUUUGUAAGGUUUGAUCUUGUAACGAGCCAUAUUUCCCCGCACCGCCCGCAGGCCACCGCUGUGGGACAACCGGCAGAGAACGCGACAACUUCGGCCUGUUUGGAGAUUGAACGGCUGCAGGAGGCUUUGUAUGCGCUGGACCAGCAGGAGGAGUACCAGGAGAAGCGUGCGGAGGAGCAGCGGCUUCAGCAGGAUGCGGUGCAGCUUCUCCAUCAACAGGGGCUGCGCGUUGUGCAUCUGAGGCGGUAA